GUGGAGCGGUGAGCCGGCACGACAUGAUCUCUGGCAGUGGGGGGAGAGGAAAAGCCAGGAGUUAGUGAGGAUGUGGACCUUCACUAUUCUCAGUCAGUGCUGCUGAGUGCAAUGACCGCUUCUAAUGCCGGCUCAGGUCGUGUCUUGGCCUCUGACGUGUGCUGCGGCCUGGAGAACCUGCCAGUGCCAGUCAUUAAUGGAGUGGAUGAUGAGGGCUUGCCUCCCAUGCAGUACACACCUGAGAAUGUGACUGGACCAGGAGAAGAUCUUGAUCCCACUGAAAUAAAUCUUCCAGGAUGUGACUGCUUAAGCUCUUCCUGUAAGUUGGAGACGUGCACUUGUCUACAAUGCUACAAAGGAGCUUACGAUGAAAACUUGUGCCUUGUGGACCUUAAUGACAAGACAAGCUACUCCAGGCCAGUUUUUGAGUGUAACAUCAUGUGCAAAUGCAGCGAGGCCUGUAAAAACAGGCUUGUCCAAAGAGGUCUUGUCUUUAAACUGCAGGUGUUCAGAACCUCCAAGAAAGGAUGGGGUCUUCAGACACUGGAACCAAUUAAGAAAGGGAGAUUUGUAUGCGAGUAUGGGGGUGAAAUCAUCAGUUUUCUUGAAGCCAGCAGGCGAAUUCAGUGCCAAAAUCCUGGUGACAUGAACUAUAUCAUAGCAGUGAGAGAACAUCUGAGUAGUGGAGAAGUACUGCAGACAUUUGUCGACCCGACACACACCGGCAAUGUUGGCCGUUUCCUCAACCAUUCUUGCGAUCCCAAUCUGUACAUGGUUCCUGUUCGUGUCAACUCCAUGAUUCCAAGUUUAUAGGUCCUGUGAUAAGAGGAUUGGAGAAGUUUGUCCAAACCACAGAGAAUAUUUGCUUAAUUUUUUUCUCAUGUUAAUGAUUUGAAUAAAUUGUGCAGCAAAACUGACUCUCUCACAUGUGUUAUGUUCAUAAAUGCUUUCAUGGUGAAUCAUCGCAUUUUGAGGUAUACUGAUUGUUAUGUAUACAGUUACAGAAAGAAUUAAGGCAGAGGCUGUACCUUUAAGACUUUCAGCACUUAGCUAUUUUAUUCAUUGUUGUCAAAGACACUAGCCACCAUGCAGUUGGUGAUCCAGGUGCAAAAAAAGGCAUCUCUGAUUAAUAAUAGUAAUCAGUAACAUACACUGUUCAUCAUGGGAUUCCUGUAUUUAUCUUACAUGGUAUUUACACAUGAAAUUUAACCUUUUGUGCCAUUGAUCCUCAAGGAUGCGUGCUUAGCCCCCUGCUCCUGCUCUCUUUACAUCCACCGACUGUAUGGCUAAGCACAGCUCCAAUACCACUUAUAAAUUUGCCGACAACACCACUGUUGUUGGCUGAAUCACGGGUGGUGACGAUAGUGAGAUGAAACAUCUGGUUGAGUGGUGCUGCAAUAACAAUCUCAAGCUCAACGUCAGCAAAACCAAGGAGCUAAUCGUUGACUUCAGAAAGGGGAAAU